GUGGGGUUGAGCAGUCUUUUCUAUCCACUCCAGACAAGGCUCCCUUUAAGUAAAGCUGACUCUUCCAAAAGAAUUAGAAAUUAUAGAACUCUAAAAGCAUUGAUGGUUUAUUUUCUAAUGCGCUGAUUUCCUUGCGGAUAUUUGGUUUGAAGGAAUAACAAAGCAAUCGGAAUUUGAAAAUCUUUCUUUCACUUACAGGAGUUAUGCUACAGAGAACACUAUUGUGGCUACCCAUCCUACUGUCUUUCUGUUUCUCCCUCCAUGCUCAAGAUGAAGAAGAAAAGGAAGAUGAAAAUACUUUUGAUCUCAUUGAAAUCAGUAAUAUAAACAAGAAGACAAUAGGAGCCAAAAUGUUUCGAGGACAUGAACCAGGUUCCCCCGCAUAUAGAUUUCUUCGUUUUGAUCACAUACCUCCAGUUAAUGAUGAAAAGAUGAGGCAGAUAAAUGAACUUAUGCAGCAAAAUGAAGGCUUUAUAUUAACAGCCAAAUUUAGACAAGAUAAACACAACAGAGGGACUAUAAUUGCUAUGGAAGGUCCAGGCAUCUCCAAUAGACUAUUUGAACUUGUUUCAAAUGGACGAGCCAAUACUCUGGACCUGAUUUAUUGGGUAGAUGGAACACAGAAUGUUAUAUCCUUAGAAGAUGUGGACCUGGCAGACUCCCAGUGGAAAAAUAUUACAGUUCAGGUGACAGCUGAAAGCUUCAACCUCUAUGUUAGCUGUGAUCUCAUUGACAGCUUUCGUCUGGAGGAUCCAUUCUUCGAGCAUAUAAAGGCUGAGAAGAUGUAUAUAGUUAAGGGGUCAAUCCGAGAAAACCACUUUAGGGGAUUGAUUCAAAAUGUUCAUUUCAUUUUUGACACAACAAUUGAAGAUGUUCUGAAGAAAAAAGGGUGUCAGCUAAGCCACACAGGUGAUGUUAACGCUAUCAGUGAAAAAGCUGAAAUUCUUCACCUCACACCUAUUACUGCUGAGUACACUGGAGAAAAGACCAACAGACAAGUGGACUUCUGUGACCGCUCCUGUGAUGAGUUAGGAACCAUGUUUACUGAGCUGAGUGGUCUUCGCAUUGUUGUUAAUAACCUGCUGGAUAACCUACAAAAAGUGUCUGAAGAGAACCAAGUUUUGUGGGAACUGAUCGGGCCUAAUAAAACCCUGAAGAACCAAUCUAUGUGUUGGCAUGAUGGACGUCUUUUUGCAGAUACAGAAGACUGGAUCGUAGACAGCUGCACAAAGUGUACCUGCCAAAAUUCAAGGACUGUUUGCCAUCAAAUCACUUGCCCUUCUGUGCAUUGUGCCAGCCCAUCAUUCAUUGAAGGAGAAUGCUGUCCUGUGUGCUUACCCAUGGAUAGUGAAACUGGUUGGUCUCCAUGGUCUGAUUGGACAGAAUGCUCUGUGACAUGUGGCCCUGGGACUCAGCAACGUGGCAGAUCUUGUGAUGCUACCAGCAGCACAUGUGCUGGUUCAUCAAUCCAAACAAGGACAUGUAAUCUUGGCAAAUGUGAUAACAGAAUACGCCAGGAUGGUGGAUGGAGCCAUUGGUCACCAUGGUCAGCUUGUUCUGUAACAUGUGGCAUUGGUAACAUUACUCGUAUUCGCUUGUGCAACUCUCCUAAGCCACAGCUGGGUGGACACAACUGCUCUGGAGCAGGGCGUGAAACAAAACAAUGUGAAGGAGUGCCAUGCCCAAUUAAUGGGAAAUGGGGCCCUUGGUCUCCGUGGUCCAGCUGUAGUGUCACGUGUGGAGGUGGACUACGAGAUAGGUCUCGACUUUGUAAUAAUCCCAAACCACAGUAUGGAGGAAAGAAGUGUGCAGGAGAAAGUAAAGAAAAGGAUAUGUGCAAUAAGCAAGACUGUCCUAUUGAUGGAUGUUUGUCCAACCCAUGCUUUGCUGGAGCAGAAUGCAAUAGCUUCCCUGAUGGAUCAUGGUCUUGUGGAGCAUGCCCUGUAGGCUAUCUUGGUAAUGGAACAUUCUGUGAGGAUCUGGAUGAGUGUGCAUUGGUAACAGAUGCCUGUUUCAGGCUAGGAGGACUUCAUCGGUGUGUGAAUACAGAACCAGGUUAUCACUGCCUUCCAUGUCCACCUCGGUACAAGGGUAAUCAGCCUUAUGGAGUUGGACUCGAAAUAGCCAAAAAAGACAAGCAAGAAUGUGAACAUGUAAACCCAUGCAAAGAAAAAACUCACAACUGCCACAAAUAUGCCGAAUGUAUCUACAUUGGUCACUUCACCGAACCAUCCUACAAAUGCGAAUGUAGAACGGGUUAUGCUGGUGAUGGUAUCAUCUGUGGAGAAGACUCUGAUCUGGAUGGAUGGCCAAAUAAUAACUUAAUCUGUGCAGCAAAUGCUACUUACCACUGCAGUAAGGAUAACUGCCCCCUUCUUCCAAACUCAGGGCAAGAGGACUUUGACAAAGAUGGCAUGGGUGAUGCUUGUGAUAAAGACGAUGAUAAUGACGGUGUUGAUGAUGAAAAGGAUAAUUGUGCACUGCUGUACAACCCUCGCCAGUUUGAUUAUGACAAGGAUGAAGUCGGUGAUCGCUGUGAUAACUGUCCCUACGUGCAUAAUCCUGCACAGAUUGACACAGAUAACAAUGGAGAAGGAGAUGCCUGCGCUGUGGAUAUUGAUGGAGAUGACAUAUUAAAUGAGUUGGAUAAUUGCCCAUAUGUAUAUAAUACAGACCAGAUUGAUACAGAUAAAGAUGGAGUUGGUGAUCAAUGUGAUAACUGUCCACUAAUGCACAAUACAGACCAGGCUGAUGUGGAUAAUGACCUUGUGGGAGACCAGUGUGACAAUAACGAAGACAUUGAUGAAGAUGGAUACCAGAACAACUUGGACAACUGUCCCUAUAUUCCCAAUGCAAAUCAGGCAGAUCAUGAUAAGGAUGGUAGAGGUGAUGCUUGUGAUUCAGAUGAUGACAAUGAUGGUGUUCCAGAUGACAGAGACAAUUGUAGGCUGGUUCACAAUCCUGAUCAAAAGGACUCCAAUGGCGAUGGCCGAGGUGAUGCCUGCAAAGAUGAUUUUGAUAAUGACAGCAUACCUGAUAUCUAUGACGUUUGUCCAGAGAACAGUGGAAUUAGCGAGACUGACUUCAGGAAAUUCCAGAUGGUUCCAUUGGAUCCUAAGGGGACAGCUCAGAUUGAUCCUAACUGGGUCAUUCGUCAUCAAGGCAAAGAGCUAGUGCAGACUGCUAACUCUGAUCCUGGCAUUGCUGUCGGCUUUGACGAAUUUAGCGCAGUUGAUUUCAGCGGCACAUUCUAUGUGAACACUGAUCGAGAUGACGAUUAUGCAGGAUUCGUUUUUGGCUAUCAGUCAAGCAGCAGAUUCUAUGUACUGAUGUGGAAACAGACCACCCAGACAUAUUGGGAAGAUAAACCUUCUAGAGCUUAUGGAUAUUCUGGUGUGUCUCUAAAAGUUGUCAACUCCACAACGGGUACUGGGGAGCACUUGAGAAAUGCCCUUUGGCACACUGGAAAUACACCAGGAGAGGUAAGAACUUUAUGGCAUGAUCCCAAGAAUGUUGGAUGGAAAGAUUAUACUGCUUACAGGUGGCAUCUGACACACAGGCCUAAGACUGGCUUUAUUAGGGUAGUUGUGUAUGAAGGAAAACAAAUUAUGGCAGAUUCUGGCCCACUCUACGACAAAACAUAUGCGGGUGGACGACUAGGACUCUUUGUAUUCUCUCAAGAGAUGGUUUUCUUCUCUGAUCUUAAGUAUGAAUGUAAAGAUUUCUAAGACCAAUAUUAUAUAGAAGAUAUUGUACCAUACAUCCUCUGCGCCCAAGACACCUUGGCACUCUCUGGAUACACCAAAAGUAAUUUAAUUUACCUCUUGGCAACAGGGAGGGUUGUGCCUCGUACCAUCUGAGAAGAAAAUAGAAGGUGGCUGAAUUGAAAACACCAAAGUAAAGGGGAAAAAAGACAUCUUAAAUUGUUAAAUUAAUAAUAUAGAGAUGGCUGAUUUUUAAAGCAUUCUCUGUGAUACAGUACUAAGUAAUACCAAAUAAUCUAAUAAUAUGAGAUGCAGAAAUAGUAUAUCAUUCCUGGACAUGUUUUUGUACAUGAACAAGUGUUGGUAUAUUCUUACAGUGUCUUCCUCUAACUAACAACCUCAUUAUUAUAUAAUUUUCUACGUACACAUUGUCAAAUAUUUUAACACAGGUUUGCAGGAUCUAUUUUAAAAAUAUAUUGUCCAUUUUACUUUUCCCUUGGUUUAAAAUUGGCAGUCCACAAUUAUUUAUAUAAUGGUGACUAAGAAAUUUUCUGCCAACGUUUUAUUUGUUUACUAAAGUUUAAUCCUUUCACAUGUCAUAAAGCAAAAUGAAGGGGAAAAAAGUGUAUUGAGUGUUUGAAAUUGUGCUUUUGACAGUGGCAGUCAUGUCUACUUAAGGAAAUCAUAAUUUGUAUGAACACAACAAAACCACUACAGCAAAAUUCCAUAUUUUAUGGAGGAUUCUGUGAAUGGGUUUUAUUAAUUAUUUGACUCCAGGUGUACAACAUAAAGAUGUGUUAAAAGGAAUGUCCUGUUUGACAUGAAUGAAGAUAUAACAGUAGGUGCUUAAUAUUUAAAUAUGCAGGAUAUGUGCCCAUCCAUUUUGUGACUUAAAUAAAAGCUCUUUGCUUUCUAUA